AAACCGUUCUCUACCUACAAGCCAAGUUGGUUAACAGUUAGUUGAAGAAGUUACAAUGAAGCGCUUUUGGAAAAAACUUUUUUUUUGCAUAAUGCCAUCAAGUUCACGUUCAGCCAUCUGUUUGUCAGCAGAUAAAAAUGCUGUUGCAGAUGAGCAGAAGAAAUCGGAGGUCUUUGAGGUGAAAAAAAGCGACGUACUGUGCGGCGAUACAGGUCGCUACCUAGUGAAGAACUUCAUUGCUAUUGGGAGCUUUGGCAAAGUUGCCAAAUGUGUGAAUCUAAACACAUCACAGGAAGUAGCCCUCAAGAUCCUAAAAGCUGAGGACCGUGUAGCCACCACAAGAGAGAUGAAAAUGCUCGAAGCAGUAAGCGUUCUUGAUUCAGACAAGAAGAAUGUGGCCCAGUUCUUUGAAAAGUUUGAACACAAUGGUCAGACCUGUCUGGCUUUUGAACUGCUGGACAGGAGUCUUCACGACCUGCUCAAUGACAGAGACUGCAAGCCACUGUCUCUCAUUGAGAUACGGCCAAUAGCACAGCAGUUGCUGACGGCCUUUGUUGCUCUAAAGCGCAUCGGUGUGGUUCACUCAGACCUGAAGGCAGACAACAUAAUGCUGGUAAACCACUCGGCUGAGCCCUUCAGAGUGAAAUUAAUAGAUUUUGGUGUGUCCUUCUACACCUCGGAGAAGCUACGUGGCUGUUCAAUCCAGCCUCUGGGCUACAGGGCACCUGAAGUCACCCUUGGUCUCCCUGUCUGCGAGGCCAUCGACAUGUGGGGUCUAGGCUGUGUGCUUGUUUUGCUGUACAUCGGCAACCACGCCUUUUCGAUCCAGUGCGAGUACCAGGGUCUGAAAGCCAUUGUUGAGAUCCUGGGCCAGCCCGCUGACCACCUCCUCAGUGCUGGUUACUACACCAAAAAGUACUUCAAGGCAAGUCAGCACUUGGAAAACCCCAAAUGGUCGCUGAAGACUCCAGAGGAGUACCAGCUCGACACUGGCAUGAAGCCGAAAGGAUGGGAGCGGUCUUUUGAUAGCCUGGAUGGCCUGAUAACACUUGACACAGAAUUGCAGGAAUCCAUUGAGCUGGAGGACCAAAGAGAAUUUGUGAGCCUCCUGAAAUGCCUCCUCCAUACGGACGCUAAGGAGAGGAUCACGCCUGAGAAAGCUCUCAAACACCGGUUUAUCACAAUGUCACAUCUGGAGCAUGGCAUAAACUCCAGCUUGUAUGUGGAAGACUCCUUUGACGCAAUGUAUGUCUGUCCACUGGAUGACUCAGAAGAGGAACUUCCUUCUGAUGACCAGGCUGAUGAAAGACCUGAAGAUGAUGGACCUUCAGACAGAACUCAAACACAUUGUGAAGUCACUCCUUGCGCCGAUGAUGGCGUUACGAAUAUGCCUUGCCCAAAUGAUGGAGCAGCAGUUGUAGAACAUACCGGCGCAGCUGAGGAGGAACCAGCUGUUAACCACAGUGCAGCCAGUCCAGCUGAGGAACCAGCUGUUAACCACAGUGCAGCCAGUCCAGCUGAUGAGGAACCAGCUAUGAGCCAUAAUGCAGCCAGUCCAGCUGAGGAACCAGCUGUUAACCACAGUGCAGCCAGUCCAGCUGAUGAGGAACCAGCUAUGAGCCAUAAUGCAGCCAGUCAAGCUGAGGAACCAGCUGUUAACCACAGUGCAGCCAGUCAAGCUGAGGAACCAGCUAUGAGCCAUAAUGCAGCCAGUCCAGCUGAGGAACCAGCUGUUAACCACAGUGCAGCCAGUCCAGCUGAUGAGGAACCAGCUAUGAGCCAUAAUGCAGCCAGUCAAGCUGAGGAACCAGCUGUUAACCACAGUGCAGCCAGUCCAGCUGAGGAACCAGCUGUUAACCACAGUGCAGCCAGUCCAGCUGAUGAGGAACCAGCUAUGAGCCAUAAUGCAGCCAGUCAAGCUGAGGAACCAGCUGUUAACCACAGUGCAGCCAGUCCAGCUAAUGAGGAACCAGCUAUGAGCCAUAAUGCAGCCAGUCAAGCUGAGGAGGAACCAGCUAUGAGCCAUAAUGCAGCCAGUCAAGCUGAGGAACCAGCUGUUAACCACAGUGCAGCCAGUCCAGCUAAUGAGGAACCAGCUAUGAGCCAUAAUGCAGCCAGUCAAGCUGAGGAGGAACUAGCUGAGGACCAUGUUGCAGCUAGUCAAGCUGAUGAGGAACCAGCUGCUAACCACAGUGCAGCCAGUCAAGCUGAGGAACCAGCUAUGAGCCAUAAUGCAGCCAGUCAAGCUGAGGAACCAGCUGUUAACCACAGUGCAGCCAGUCUAGCUAAUGAGGAACCAGCUAUGAGCAAUAAUGCAGCCAGUCAAGCUGAGGAGGAACCAGCUAUGAGCCAUAAUGCAGCCAGUCAAGCUGAGGAACCAGCUGUUAACCACAGUGCAGCCAGUCAAGCUGAGGAACCAGCUGUUAACCACAGUGCAGCCAGUCCAGCUAAUGAGGAACCAGCUGUUAACCACAGUGCAGCCAGUCCAGCUAAUGAGGAACCAGCUGUUAACCACAGUGCAGCCAGUCAAGCUGAGGAACCAGCUGGUAACCACAGUGCAGCCAGUCAAGCUGAUGAUGAACCAGCUAUGAGCCAUAAUGCAGCCAGUCAAGCUGAGGAACCAGCUGUUAACCACAGUGCAGCCAGUCAAGCUGAGGAACCAGCUGUUAACCACAGUGCAGCCAGUCCAGCUAAUGAGGAACCAGCUAUGAGCCAUAAUGCAGCCAGUCAAGCUGAGGAACCAGCUGUUAACCACAGUGCAGCCAGUCAAGCUGAUGAGGAACCAGCUAUGAGCCAUAAUGCAGCCAGUCAAGCUGAGGAACCAGCUGUUGACCACAGUGCAGCCAGUCAAGCUGAGGAACCAGCUGUUAACCACAGUGCAGCCAGUCCAGCUAAUGAGGAACCAGCUAUGAGCCAUAAUGCAGCCAGUCAAGCUGAGGAGGAACUAGCUGAGGACCAUGUUGCAGCUAGUCAAGCUGAGGAACCAGCUGUGAGCCACGGUGCAGCCAGUCCAGCAGAGGAGACGAUCUCCACUGACAGGUCACCUGACGAAGCUCCAUCUCUGAAAGCGAAAAAGAGCCGGCUGAAGACGAUCCGGAAAUUCUUUGGCAGGGCAAAAAGAAUCCUUUUUAGAAAGAAGACAUGCUAA